AUGGGGCUAAUGAGCCGAAUUGGUUUAGUCACUCAAGAGCCUGCAUUACUAAGCUUAAGCAUCAGGGACAAUAUCGCCUAUGGGAGAGAUGUCACAUCACUUCAAGUUGAAGAUGCAACUAAAACAGCUCAUGCACAUACAUUCAUCAGCUCACUUGAAAAAGGAUACGAUACACAGGUAGGUAGGGCUGGUUUAUCUUUAGCAGAAGAACAGAAGAUAAGACUUUCGGUUGCAAGGGUAGUGCUUUCGAAUCCUUGUAUUCUUCUUCUUGAUGAGGUGACAGGUGGACUUGAUUUUGAAGCUGAAAGAUCUGUUCAAGAGGCUUUGGAUUUAUUAAUGGUGGGUCGUUCAACCAUUAUAAUUGGUAGAAGGCUUUCGUCAAUUAAAAAUGCUGAUUUUUAUAGCUGUUAUGGAGGAAGGAUGCCUGCAAGAACCCCCAAUGAAACCUCAACAUUCCAAAUCGAAAAAGAUUCCACCUUACAAGAAUCAUCAUCUCCCAAAUUUACCAAAUCGCCCUCACUUCAGCAAGCCUCCAACCUACACACAGCAAGAUCUCCAGAUUCCAAUUACAACUCAUACGGAUCUCAAAAAAAAAUAAAAAACAGUUGA